UCGAUUUUUAUCAUGGAUGUAUCUGCAUUUUCCGAAGAUACUUUCGAUGUGAAAGAUUGGAUUAACAAAACAUUCAAAUCCACUGAGGCACAAGAAAAUAAAGAUGCAUUCGUUUCAUCUUUGGUAAUGAAGUUGCAAUUGUAUGUGCAACAAGUCAAUGGUGCCUUAGAGGAAACAAGUCAAUCAGUUCUUUCAAGUUUGCCAAGGGUUUUAAGGGACACACAACUUUUGCAACAAGAAGCUUUAGCUCUUAGAGAAAAAAUGGUUGCUGUUAAACAUGAAAUAGAAAAGGUUGAAAAAGAUACCGCCUCUUCAAUGGCAACGUUAGAAAGAAUGGAUAGAAUAAAAACAGAUUUGCAGACUGCUAAAGAAGGUUUACACGAGGCUGACAAUUGGAGUGUCUUAGCCAAUGAUGUUGAGGAGGUAUUUGAGUCAGGAGACAUAGAAGCUAUUGCAAAUAAAUUGUUUAGUAUGCAAAAAUCAUUGGCAAUGCUUGUAAAUGUUAUUGAUUAUGAAGAUAAAAAAUUACAAUUAGAAGGUUUAAAAAAUCGAUUAGAGGCAAUGGCUAGUCCAAAAUUAGUUCAAGCAUUUACUGCUGCAAAUUUAGAGCAAUCCAAAGUUUAUGUGGAUAUUUUUAAUAAAAUGGAACGUCUACCACAGCUUCUUAAGUAUUACCACAAUUGUUUGAAGGUGUCAUUAGGACAAGAAUGGCGCAAAACUAUUGAAUUAGCACAAGAUGAAAAUAUUUCCUACUGGUUACACACUUAUUAUGACAAAUUAUUAUCUAAUUGGAAUGAUCAGGUAAAAUGGUACCAUCAAGUAUUUCCAAAUACUUCAGCUGAUAUAAUCGUUGAAGUAUAUGCUGAUCUUUUAAGAAGUUUAGAUCCCGGUAUUCCAGAAUGUAUAGAGGCAAUUUUAAAGCAACAUUCAAAUGCCAUGCAAUUGUCUCUAUUACUUGAACUUAAACAAAUUACGAGACAUUUUGCAGUAAAUCUUCAAGGUGCAAUUGAUACAUUGCAUGGAAAAUUGCAGAAUUCAAAGUUGCUGUCAUUAGCACAAGCAAUAUAUGCACCUUAUGUUCCAUAUGUUGUAAAAUACAGUGUUUAUGAAACAGCCCAACUUGAACAUCAAUUGCAUUCUAUAAGCUCUGUACAAGAUGAUUUAAGUACUUUUUACAGAUGGUUGUGGUUAUCCAGGGUUAUUAAAAUCUUUAAUUGUAUGUUGAAAUACAAUUUUAGGUACAAAAUAUUUCUGUUAAGCAUGUGCUGUAAAAUGUUUUUUUUUUCACAGAGUUACUUUAACAAAUAUCAUGAAAAAUAUCAAACUGCUAUAUGGCAAUUAGAGCGCAAAAAAGUAAAACAUGAAGAUUGGAAUUUGUUCCAAAUGUGUCUUACUUUAAUGCAAACUAUAGGUGAUCUUUUGGGGCAAAUUCAACAAUUUGAAAAGUCUUUAAUAACUGAUAUCACUGAGGCUAAUAAUAAGUUGCAAAGUACAAGUGGUAGUGUUUUUAAUCAAUAUAAAAAAUUACUUUUAAAUACAUCAAGUCAAACUGAGUUAGAAAACUUAGUUGCAUCUUUUCAGAGAGAAGAGGAAACAAUUCUUGAUUCAAUAAUCAAGUCUAUUCACAAACUGUGUUCCGAUUUACAUCGCGCAACGUACGAAGUAAUUUUUGCUCCUAUCUUCACUCAGUUAUUAUUAGUGCAAAAAGCACCAGCAUGGUCAACAGAAGCUAACAAAAUGACUCACUUGAGUGCAGAUUUACCCGAUUAUAGUUUUGCACCUCAAGAAUAUAUAACACAAGUUGGACAAUAUCUGAUGACAUUGCCACAGCAUUUAGAACCAUUUUUGCUUAGAGAAAAUCCAAGUCUCACCCAAGCAUUAAAAGCAGCAGACCCACAGUAUGCCCAAAGUUCAACUGAAUCCGGAUUUACUGGAAUUUUGCUAGAUAUCAUUGCUAAAGGAACAUGUCAAAUGUUUUUAGAUCAAACAUUAGGAAUUUGUCAGUUGAGUUCUGCUGCAUGUAAGCAACUUGCAACUGAUAUAGAUUACCUUGGCAAUGUAUUAGAGGAACUUGGUCUAUCUUUAUCAGAAAAUCUACAACACAUGUCUGUUUUACUGAGACUUUCACCAGAAGAGUAUCAGAAUGGCAGCUCAGGGUGCAAUGCCAGAGUAGUAGCUGGUAUCAGACAGAUGAGGAAUAUAACAUUCUCUGGGUAA